GGAAGCUUCCCUGCCCAUUGGCUAAAAGUCACGUGAUUUGCAUGAAAAGCUAAAGUUUCGACUUCGCAUUCGAUCUUAAAAGAUAUAACAUUUUUAAUGAUGUGAAAUUCAAAAUUUGCCAUCAAUUUUUAAUCUAUAUUAAUAGUUACAUAAUUCAUCUCUUAGAAAACAUUACAAAUACGAACCUGUUAACUUGUCUUGCAACUUUAGACCGGAACGGUAAUAUGGCGACCAGUGUUGUGAGAGGUGUUGAGAAUCACGAACCGGAGCAAAAGAAAAUGGAAACCAUGGAAGUGUCUACGGAAUCUGUUAACAACGUGAAAGAAAUCAUGAACGAUAAAAUUGAAAAGGAAAUUCACGUUGACGAUAUGACUUCUCGAGACUAUUAUUUCGAUUCGUAUGCGCACUUCGGCAUUCAUGAAGAAAUGCUUAAGGACGAAGUACGAACGCUCACUUAUCGGAAUUCUAUGUAUCAUAAUAAACAUUUAUUCAAGGGAAAAACUGUUCUUGAUAUUGGAUGUGGAACGGGAAUAUUAUCAAUGUUUGCUGCCAAAGCUGGUGCCAGUAGAGUAAUAGGCAUUGAAUGUUCGAAUAUAGUUGAGUAUGCAAAGCAAAUUGUUGAAGCCAAUCAGCUUAGUGAUAUUGUUACAAUUGUAAAAGGCAAAGUUGAAGAAGUUGAGUUACCACAUGGCAUUGAAAAAGUGGACAUAAUAAUAUCAGAGUGGAUGGGAUACUGUCUCUUCUAUGAAUCUAUGUUGGAUACAGUCCUUUUUGCUAGAGAUAAAUGGCUGAAGAGUGAUGGGCUUUUGUUCCCAGACAGAGCUACUCUCUUUGUGACAGGCAUUGAAGAUCGCCAGUAUAAGGAUGAAAAGAUAAAUUGGUGGGAUGAUGUCUAUGGUUUUGAUAUGAGUUCAAUUCGAAAAGUGGCAAUCAGUGAGCCAUUAGUUGAUGUUGUUGAUCCAAAACAGGUGGUCACCAAUGCUUGCCUUCUAAAGGAAGUAGAUUUGUACACGGUUACAAAAGAUGAUUUGAACUUCACUGCUCCAUUCCAUCUUCAAGUGCGCCGCAAUGACUACAUUCAGGCUUUAGUGACAUUCUUCAACAUUGAAUUCACUAAAUGCCACAAACGAAUUGGGUUCAGCACUGCACCUGAAGCUCCUUACACACAUUGGAAACAGACUGUCUUCUAUUUCGAUGACUAUCUGACAGUGAAGAAAAAUGAGGAAAUCUAUGGUGUUUUUUCCAUGAAGCCCAAUGCUCGUAAUAACCGCGAUCUUGACUUUACAGUAGAAUUAGACUUCAAAGGCGAAUUGGGAGAAGUCCAUGAGCUAAAUGUGUAUAGGAUGCGUUGAAAUCCCUUCCAUUUAGUUCUGUAUAUGAACUGUGGACCUGAAAGUGGUGACACUCUCUGAGAAUAUGACUGAAAGUAAACCCCUAUUGCAGUCCUCAAGUGUACAUAAUGUUUUGUUUUAUUUAUCCCUAGUUUGAUUUGGGCUGUCACUCACUGGAUUGCCUUACAUGAGAAGGGCUCUUGAUUUCAGUCAUUUGUAUUUGUCAGUUCUUCUAAAUGUUUUUUUGAGAUUUUUGCCUGCUUGUAACCGCAUGAUUUGGAUAUGAUAGAUAUUGUAGAUGUGUUGAGAGAUCUAUGGAAACAGUAUUGUGAGUAUAGAUGCAUGUUUGUGGGCAAAUUUACCAUGAUAGUUGCCUAUUAAGGGAGAUUGUAGCUUGUUUGGAUACACAUGAUCUUACCAAAAAUUAAGUCCAGACUUAUAAUUUUUCAUCUUGCUUUUAUUAGUUUAUAUGACUAUAACUCAAAUGUUUUGAGUUGUUACAGUGUUUAUAAAUACACAGAAGGUAUCUUGCAAUAGACAAGCAUAUAUUUAAUAAACCUCAAUCCUUUCCUCUUUUUUUUUUU